CUGAGGAACUCGUGAUAGAACCUGAAUGCAUUUCAGCAGUGUAUCACAUUAUAGACUAUAAGUGUUGUAGUAAUUUUGUAAUAAAAAGACCUGAAAUGGGAAAAGCGAGUGUGCGAGCGCUUUACUGCCUGCUGCUGAUGCUGGGAGCUGUUACAGCACAAGCAGAGAGUGCUGCUCGAGCUCUACCAAACUGGCUCACUGGCAUCAUCGCUGUUUCAGUGUUUCUCUUCCUGGUCUUCGUUGCUUUCCUUGUCAACAAAGUCUGGUUUGAGGACUCGAGCCAGGAGGAAAAGGUUACUGUAAUACCCAAUGAAUAUGCCAUGAGCAACGGAUCGAACUCAAAUCUCGAUUCAGUCAGGAGCCAUGAGCACUCUGAUGCUUAUGAGAAUGUGACUUUUCACAAAUCAGAAGAAACCGUGACGGCCAUGUGACUCUGGAAACAGAUCUGCAACUCCAUUCCACGUUUAGGAUGUUUAAGACCUUAAUCUUUUUUGGCCACUUUUAUACACGUAUACAAGUUUAUGGAUAUACACAUAUGGAUCUAUUUCAAAUGAUUUUUUUUUACCAGUUAUGUCACUAUGUGCUAAUUGUAUCCAUAAAGUUAAAUCACAGGAAUGAAUUUAUAUGAAUCGAAAUUAAUUUGAUUCAUUAUUUCUCUAAUCGGACACAAGCUGCUGAAAUCCCGAUUUAUUUACUAAUAAUAGCUACUAUAUAUAUAUAUUUACAUUUAUUACAUUCGUCAGACUCCUUUAUCCAGAGCAACUUUUAAAAGUGCAUUGAAGUUUCUAUUAAUAA